AUGGAUCGUUUUUUAAGUAUAACGUCUUCAACGCCCAAUAAAAGAAUUUGUCUAGAAAAUGUCGAUGACCCACCUCCACCUGCUGUUGAUGUUCCUGCACCAUUGCCAGAACUUAAAUUUCAGUAUUUAUUCGAUACAGUAUAUAAACUGGUGUCGAUAAAUGGUGACAAAAUCAAAGCUUCUUGUCAAAACUGUCACAAAAUCAUUACUGCAUACACAACUUCAAGUGGCAACUUAUUAAGUCAUAUUAAGAGUCAACAUAUCUUUUUAAUGUCAAAAGUUGAAGAUGCAAGAAAGAAAAAGAUUGAAUCAACCUCGUCUACCUUAAUUCAAACUAAAAUAUAUGAUUCUACUAAAAAAGUGUCUAAGGAAAAGAUGAAUGAGUUGGUAUUUAAUUACAUAAUUAAUGAAAUGAGACCUCUGAUUACAUGCGAAAAACGUAGCUUUCGAGAAUUAAUCAUGGGACUUACUGGCAUUAAAGAUACUUCUAUUUUACCAAACAGAAUUCAAAUCAAAGCUCAAUUAAAAUCCAGAUAUGCAUUAUAUGUGCAAAUGAUAACAGAUUUAAUACAAAAUCAUAAUUAUAUUUGUACAACUGCGGACAUUUGGAGCUCAAAUAAUAAAAGCUUUAUGGGUAUGACGUGCCAUAUGAUAAAUGAGUCUACAUAUGAACGAAAUUCAUAUAUUUUAGGAUGUAGAAGAAUGAAAGGAAGCCAUAACUACAUUAAUAUUGCUGAGAUGAUGACUGAUAUAACUGAAACAUACAAAUUGGACCAUUCAAAAAUUACUCAUACUGUCACAGACAACGCCAGUAAUUUUAGUAAAUCAUUUAAGACAUUUUCUAAACCUUUACCUGAUGUACAUCAGGGAAAUUCUUAUACUUUUGGCAAUUUCAAUGAAGAUAGUGAUAUUGGUAGCUGUAGUACUGAUACAGCUGACGAUGAAGAUACAAACUUAAAUUUGAUAGAUGUCAAUGAGGUACUCUCAACUCCAGUCAUAUCGGACGCAGUGAACGAUAAUUUUUCUCUGCCAUCACAUAUUACUUGCUGUGCCCAUAGUUUAAAUUUGAUAGCAACACGUGAUAUUUCUUCAAUUGAUGAUAGUAAAUACAAUAAAAUGUCUGAAUCGUCAUUUAAAAAAUUGCAAAGCUUUUGGAAUUUAUUAAGUAGGAGCACGGUUGCAUCUGACAAAGUGUUUGAGAUAUGUGGUUGCAAAUUUCCAGUACCUAUUAUGACAAGGUGGAACUCGUUAUUCGAUGCAGCUAAAAAGGUACUGGCUCAUAAAACUGAAAUUAUUAAAGCAUUUGAAGAAUUACGUUUAACAAAAUUAAAGGCAAAUGAAUGGGAUUUCUUGACGGAGUACUGUAACGUAAUGGAACCUUUAACAAUUUCUUUGGACAAGAUGCAAUGUGAAAAAAAAGGUUUCUUGGGCUAUGUUGCACCUAUUAUUUUAGUUUUACGCCGCACUUUAAUAGCGUUAACAAAUUUAAAAUACUGUAGACAAUUAUGUAUUAAAGUAGUUCAAAGUUUAGAAAAAAGGUUUGCCUAUUUAUUUGAUUUGUCCUUGCCCAAAAGUAAAUGUUUUGUCAUUGCAUCAAUUAGUCAUCCUAAGUUCAAAUUAAGUUGGAUUCCUGUUCGAUACAUUGAGUUGUGCAAACAACUUUUUUUGACUGAGUGCAAUGAAAUGUAUACUAAUAUGAGUGAUAUCAAAAAAAAAACUGCUGUAGCUAGUGAUAAUGAAGACAGUGAUGAUAGUGACCAGGAAUUUUACUCAUGUUUGUAUGAACACACUAAUAAUGGAUCCUCUGCUGAUGAAUCAAGAAUUACAAACUUUUCUUGUGUACAGGCUUUGACGUUCUUAAAUUCUCCCAAAAAAGAAUUUAGUGUUUUAGAAGAUUAUCCCAUAGUUAAACAAGUGUUCUUAAAAUACAACACAACUAUUCCGUCUUCAGCUCCAGUGGAACGACUGUUUAGUGGAGCAAUCCAAGUAUUAACACACAGGAGAAAUCGUCUAGGAGACAAAACGUUUGAGAUGUUACUAUGUUGCAAGUCAAAGAACUAA